GACAAGACUGGUUCCGUGGUUUUCUGUUAUUGAAUAGUGUCCAAACAUGUCCGGCAGUAGGAGGAAGAGGCGGUUUCGCUGUUCUGCUGAAGAAACUGCAAGCACAAAUAUAUACAGAACGCCAGAUGACAUGGAAGUAUUGACAACUCAAUACAAUGCACUGAUGAAUGCAAGUUUACCAGCUUCUAUAAAGAAUCAUGCAACAGUGAAACAAUAUUUGGAUCCGUAUGAUGGUGACUUGGAAAGUACAUCAAGUGAAUCAGAUAGUGGUCAGGAUUUUUUACGAGAUGCUUGCACUGAGAAGAUAAAUGAUCAGUCCCACGCUUUUGUAGCAAUCGACAGAAAAAUGUUGCCAGUAACACAUUACAAACAAUCCUUGCAGCCAACCUUUGAACCCGAGUGUAGUUGUAAAGAGUUAAACUAUGCACACGUGGAACCUGUGUUCACUGCUGAAGUAAUUCUACAAUCUUCUAGUGAAUCAGAAGUACCUUCUAAUAGAGUACGUGAUUUGAAAUUUCCAUCAAGACUUGCCUCAAAUACCAAACUGAAGCCGUUUGGAUCAUUGGAUUUGGGGAUGCUGACUGAGUCUCCUGCUGAAAACUCAGGCAUUGGAAAAGAACAUGGACUUAUGACCAUGCUAGCUCUGCAAAACCCUGGGAAACAUUAUCGCAGUUGUCAAGAUGCGCACCAAAUCUUAAAGACUUCUCAUGAAAAAGGGAUGUUCACGCCAAAGAGAAAACAUGGAAACUCUUUGUUUGAUACAGGUGGUGAUCGGAUAAAUAAAAAGAAAAGCCGUGUGAUCAAAAACUGAGGAUGAAGAGGAUCAAACAAAACAUGUCUAAUUGAUCUACAGCAGCUGAGAAAGGAAUGUGAUUGCAGUUGUACACCGAAAAGAUGC